AUGCAAGCUAAACAGUUCGAUAUGGAAUCAAUCAAAGAUGCUGCUUUGAAGCGACAACUAGCAUACGUAUCCUUCGAGGGGAUGUCCGCAUUGUCCCCAGCGGAUUAUGCAGCUUUCAACCAGGCACAAAACUCUCUAAAUCGGGUGGCAGCUGACGUAACAAUUUGUGACAAAGAUCUUCCUCCGCCAUGCGCUUUGAAGAAAAUCGAUAUGGAAUCAAUAUUCCGAAAUGAGAAGGAUGCAGCUCGCUUAUCCCAUUUGUGGAUAGCGUAUCUGACGGAUCUGGCUCGUGAAAAGCCAACAUAUCAAAAGUUGAUUCAGCUUAGCAACAAAGGAGCACAAGCCAAUGGAUUUAGCGAUGCUGGCGCAAUGUGGAGAAGCGCUUUUGAUUUAUCUGGUAAAAAUACACCUAAAGUGAUGGAUUUAAAUGCUCAAAUAGAAAACAUCUACACAAAGAUUGCUCCUCUCUACAAACAUCUGCAUGCUUACAUGAGGCGACAAAUCGCGGGAAUUUAUGGAAAUCCCACUGGAUUGAGCAAAAAUGGGCCAAUCCCGGGACACCUUUUUGAUUUUGUUCCAGGAAAAAGCUUCGAAAUGUUUCAUUAUGUUUCCAAGAAUUUGAAAUAUGAGACUCAUCUAAGCCCUCUUUUUGUAUCAUUUUCACACUACAAGUCUUAUUGUCAUGGUGGCGAUUGGUCAGCUCAUUACGAACAGACAAAGCCUUACGAUGACGAAUCAAGUCUUCCAGAGGACAUGCUCUUUUCUUUCCAUACUCAAAAUUACACCACUAAACAGAUGUUUGUGAAGGCUUAUCGCUACUUCAAGUCCAUAGGAUUUCCUGUGCUUCCAAAGACAUUUUGGACAAAUUCGCACUUCGCCCGUGUUUGGAGUCGGGAUAUGAUUUGUAAUCCUCCAGCUGCUUUAGAUAUGAGGGAUGGGAUGGAUUUU